AGGGGCUAAGCCAUCAGUGUGGUUCAUUUGGCCAGUUUUGGGGCCACUCUCGCACAGAUCAGUUCGAGAAACCAGCUCGAAAUUCCAAAUUUGUCCGUCUGAAUAGCUCCGUGUUUUUUCCACCUUUUCCGGCCGUUUGUUAUCCACGUCCUUGACCGCCAUGAACACUCUCAAGUCCGACGACAAGCCCUUCAACCCCUUCUACAUCGGCCCGCAUCCCAGCAAGGCGUGUGCCAUCCCCGAGAUUCCCGGAAAGCAGUGCUCGCCCAGCUGCCAGCCGCCGGAGGGCCAGGCGAGCGCCCAUCCUGCGCCGGCUCCCCAUCGUCCGGAUGGCCACGAGGCCCAGAGCGUGCCCAGCGGAGCGGCGGGCGGCAUGCUCAUCGUGGGCGUGGCCAAUAUAUACAGCACCGUGGAGGUCCUGGCUGCCGCCGCGCGAGCGGGGGAGGCGGGCGCAGCGGGUGCGAGAGCGGCAGGAGCGGAUCAGGGCAAGGCGGCGCCCAGCAACACCAUCUGCAAGCCGUACCCCUGCAUGGAGGGCGCUCGAGUGGACAGUCCCGGCUGUGAUUGAAGCGGAGCAUGUGCAUCCAGGGACCACACACCAAUCAUCUACCAACCGGCCAUCUAAAUCCGAAAUCAGCAAUAACCCUGCCUAAGUUAGCCCCAAAAACUUGAAUAAAAUCUAAGAAAAUCUACAAA